AAAAAAAAAACAAGAGUCACGGGGAUAACUGCGAGAAAAAGAAAAAGCAAACAGCCCCACCUCGGCAUCUGGAAAAGCACCGAAGAAGGAGACGAUCCUCCCCUUCUACCCCACACCCCGACGCCAACCCGCCCUAUCUACCCUACCCACCACUUCGUGCCAUCCCUCUGCUUUCAAUCUGCCCUCCCACCCCGCCAGGAGAACCACGACCACCCAUAGGAAACCCCCACUUGACCAGCGUUGCCAUUGAGCGAUGCGCUUUGAAUUUAGGAAGAAAUCACCUUUUUUUUUUGUUGCGUUUUUUUGAUGUACAAACACAACCAGUGCUUCUUCGCUUUUUUCCUCAGCGGGAACAGUUAAGGCUACGGAUUUGGGUGUUUACACUUUUUUGACGGGUUUCCAGUGGCGUGAUAACAUGCUGAAUAUAUCAUCCCACGGCAACAGACCAGGCUGUCAUUCCAUAGAUUAGUCUUUAUUUCAAAUAACCGGCUGUCACACACGCGUUUGCGUUUCUGAGCUCGUAUGUUUGGUUUUUCCAUGCUUAGAAAUAAUCCUGACAAUGGUCUGGGAACGGACCGCCUCUCCAGACACAUAGUAAUCUCUUUUUCAAGACGCAUCAGCUCUGCAUUUGGUUUUUAUCGGAGAAAAAGCGACGAAUUGACGAGGGAGUCAUUUGACACCGUCGCCGCUUGAGCCCAUAGGACUUUGCGUGCGAAGUUUGCACCGGGAAGAGGGGGGCCAAGUCGGAGAUAUCUCGGCCAUAUCCGCGGCAUUUUUCCCUGUAAGGGGAGGUCUGCCUCUACAAAGCCAGCAAACCAGGGGUGGGAGGUCAGCUAGCUGCAGCCAUGCUGUCGCUAGACGAGCCCCUGGACCUGAAGCUCCCUCGGCGGGCCAAUGGGAGGGACAGAGGGGCGCGCUCACCCCCCCUCUCCUCACUGCACCCCAAGCGAGCCCGCCAGCUCCGCAUGGCAGAUGAUGGCACCGCAGUGAUAGAGCCGGCCUCGCCAGCAUCUCCGCACACAGGUGUGCAGGUAGUCCCUCAUGAUCGAACCGACACCCCCACCCCCCCUGCAGUGGACCUGAGCAUGUCUCCCUCCUCCCGCCACACCCCCAGCUCUCCAGAAAUGACCAAUGGCAACUAUGUCCCCUCAGGGAAUUCUCACAUCUCACAAGCCUUUCAGUUUUUUGUGCCAAUCGGAGCUGGGGCGGGACUUCACCUGCCAUCCUCCAUGUUCAUUGGCCAGACGAGCGACAAGAGAGCCUCUCCUGACCUCUCAGCGGAUGAACAACUGGCCUGCCGCUGGAAGAAGUGCCAUCUGCUCUUUGACUCCCUGCAAGACCUGGUGGAUCAUGUCAAUGACUUCCAUGUCAAACCUGAAAAGGAUUCUGGAUACUGCUGCCACUGGGAGGGCUGCGCUCGCAAAGGGAGGGGUUUCAAUGCUCGGUACAAGAUGCUCAUCCACAUCCGCACUCACACUAACGAGAAGCCCCACCGCUGUCCCACCUGCAAUAAGAGCUUCUCACGCUUGGAGAACCUCAAGAUACACAACCGGUCACACACAGGUGAAAAGCCCUACAUUUGUCCUUACGAGGGUUGCAACAAGCGUUACUCCAACUCCAGCGACCGCUUCAAGCACACACGCACACACUAUGUGGACAAGCCCUACUACUGUAAAAUGGUGGGCUGUCUGAAGCGCUACACAGACCCCAGCUCUCUCCGCAAGCACAUCAAGGCCCACGGCCACUUUGUGGCUCAGGAGCAUGGCUCCCCAGGCGGGGUGGGCUCCCUGCUAAAGGGGAGUCAAAGCGAAGUGCUUGCUAGCGCAGUGGGAAAGGAUUCAGAGCUGUCUUAUGUGAGUGCAGCCCACAUUAUCAUCCCAGGGGCGGCGGCCGCCCUCCUGGGAGGCCAUGCUCUGCAGGGUCUUGGUGGUGCCCUGCCCCUGUCCCCGCUCAGUCCUCGGCCCCUGGACCUCAGCACACUAGGUUGCCCCAGCUCACCUCCAGGCAGCAUGGGAUCCAUCCUGUCCUUCAAUGGCUCCCCGCUGGGCCUGGCCAAGUCCUCUCUGCUCUCUGGAGCAUUCCCCUCCUCGGCCCUGGGCCUGCCAAUGGUGCCCAUGUUGGGGGCCUCGUCUGAGCGCAGGGCGCAGAGCCAGCAGGCCAAGAAGAGCCUGGGGGAGGAGGAGGCCAAGAACGAGGUGACUGGGGGGGUCCUGAACCUCUCCACAGGAGGGUCUCAUGAUCCCCUGUCCUGGGUGGUCAUCCCCCCAGGCACUGUGGUGCUCAAGCCAGCUGUGGUCAACUGACACACACACA